AAGAGGGGGGGGAUCCCUCGGAACGCAUGCCAAUGACGGAACUCUCUAGGACGGUCCAGACGAGUUCCCUCGGUCGCCGUGGUGCUCUUCCGACAAUCGACGCAGCCGCGGUCCUCGACACGAGACAAUAAAAUAGAGGAGGAAAAAGCAAUUUGAUUGGCCAGCGGAAAACGAUGAAAUUCUCAUUGGUCGAACGAGCAAUUUUUUAAUUUUUUAAUUUUGGCUCUUUUUUGAAUAGUGGGGGAUAUUCUGGACGUAGCUCCACCACAAGCUAGAAAAACAGGACGUUAACCCGGGAGUCAAAUCCUCUCCCGUCGGGUGCUCCGACGAAGUUGUAAACCCGAACAAUGGCGGCGGCAACUGCUCUCCAUUCGCUGCUCUGCACCUCGCUCUCCAACUCUUCCUCUGCCUUUCCUCUCUCUCGCUCCCACCUCGCCAGGCCCGCCAAAUCCGUCCUCUCCCUCCACCGGACCCCCGCCGCCGCCGUCCUCUCCAUCCUCCGCCCCGCUCCUUCUCGAUCGCGGGACUCCGGUUCCGGCCGGACCGCCCUCCUCCUCCUGGCGAGGGCCAGGGACCUCCCCCUCGCCUCCGCCCUCGACUCCGUGCUCCUCGUCUGCACCUCCAUCGCCCUCUCCGUCUCCCUUCUCGUCGCCGACGUCGACCCCGCCUCCGCCUUCGUCGUCACCCCCCAGCGGAAGCUCCAGACCGACGAGCUCGCCACCGUCCGCCUCUUCCAGGAGAACACCCCCUCCGUCGUCUACAUCACCAACCUCGCCGUCAAGCAGGAUGCCUUCACCUUGGACGUGUUGGAAGUGCCGCAAGGGUCGGGGUCUGGAUUCGUUUGGGACAACGAGGGUCACGUCGUGACCAAUUAUCACGUCAUUCGCGGCGCUUCUGAUCUCAAGGUCACACUUGCGGACCAGUCCACGUAUGAUGCGAGAGUUGUUGGAUUUGACCAGGACAAGGAUGUUGCCGUGUUGCGGGUCGAUGCGCCAAAUGACAAGCUUAGACCAAUCCCAAUUGGUAUCUCCGCAGACUUGCUUGUUGGUCAGAAAGUCUACGCAAUUGGCAACCCUUUUGGACUUGACCAUACCCUUACCACUGGUGUUAUAAGUGGCCUUCGCAGAGAAAUCAGUUCUGCUGCCACUGGGCGUCCAAUACAAGAUGUCAUACAGACUGAUGCAGCAAUCAAUCCUGGAAAUAGUGGGGGGCCGCUACUAGACAGUUCAGGAAGUCUGAUUGGAAUUAACACGGCAAUAUACUCUCCCUCUGGUGCUUCCUCAGGCGUUGGAUUUUCAAUUCCUGUUGACACUGUAAGUGGAAUUGUUGAUCAGCUGGUAAAGUUUGGCAAAGUCACUAGACCAAUCCUAGGUAUUAAGUUUGCACCUGAUCAAUCUGUGGAGCAGUUAGGAGUAAGUGGAGUUCUUGUGCUAGAUGCCCCUGCUAAUGGACCAGCUGGCAAAGCGGGCCUACUACCGACCAAACGUGAUUCAUAUGGUAGGCUUAUUUUGGGUGACAUCAUAACAUCAGUCAAUGGAAAAAAAGUCGUUAACGGCAGUGAUUUGUACAGAAUUCUUGAUCAGUGUAAAGUGGGUGAUACGGUGACUGUGGAAGUUUUGCGUGGUGAUCACAAAGAGAAGAUACCUGUUAUCCUUGAACCGAAACCAGAUGAGUCAUGAUAAGCCAAAUGGUUCGAGAUUGCAGUUUUGUGCAGUACAUAUAAAGAGGAAAUACCAUUAUUUUUGUGCCUCUGCCGUUUUCUCUGGUUAAGUCUUGUUGUACAUAUUCCUCGUUUGUGCUUGAAUGCCCGCCUAAAUUGUAAAAUCUAGCCUCAUACCAGGAUGCGAUUAUGACAUUUUAUCCAGCUGGUGCUAAGUUACUUACUCAUGUAACACAAUACCUGUGUAAGAUAAGAAGCGCUCGCCAUUACCAUUGUAAUGGGAAAUGUUCUGACGAUGAACCAAGUAAGCCUGGUCAGGGAGUAAUGUGCUAAAGGACCAGCAUUUAGUCUGA